CGCCCUCCCGCUAAGUCUCGCGAUGCCGUAGCCCGGUGCUCCCGCUGCAGGAGGCGCAGGCUGUUGCUGUGGUUGCCUGAGUUGCUGCUGCGGCUGCGGCGGCGGCGGCGCUGGUGGAGGUGUCGGCUCUUGGGCGGAUGUUGACAUUGUGUUGUUGUUACUGCUGACGGUAAUGGCGGCGGCGACGGCCGGGACCCCAUCUCCUCUGUAGCCGACGCCGAGACAGCCCAGAGUGAACUCCGCGGCCUCGGAGCCCGCGGCAGCGACUCCCCUCAGCCUCCGCCGCCUUGCCAGCCCGUAUCCCGGCCUCAGCCCCUGGACAGGCCCCUUCGGGCAGGGGGCCUCGGAGGCUCAGGAUGGCGGAUUUCGACGAGAUAUAUGAGGAGGAGGAGGACGAGGAGCGGGCCUUGGAGGAGCAGCUGCUCAAGUACUCGCCGGACCCGGUGGUGGUCCGCGGCUCCGGUCACGUCACCGUAUUUGGACUGAGCAACAAAUUUGAAUCAGAAUUCCCUUCUUCAUUAACUGGAAAAGUAGCUCCUGAAGAAUUUAAAGCCAGCAUCAACAGAGUUAACAGUUGUCUUAAGAAGAACCUUCCUGUUAAUGUACGAUGGCUGCUUUGUGGCUGCCUUUGUUGCUGCUGCACACUAGGUUGCAGUAUGUGGCCAGUUAUUUGCCUCAGUAAAAGAACACGAAGAUCGAUUGAGAAGUUAUUAGAAUGGGAAAACAAUAGGUUAUACCACAAGCUGUGCUUGCACUGGAGACUGAGCAAAAGGAAAUGUGAAACGAAUAACAUGAUGGAAUAUGUCAUCCUCAUAGAAUUUUUACCAAAGACACCGAUUUUUCGACCAGAUUAGCAUUUACUUUAUUUAUAGAGACUUUCCAAGUAUGUUGUCUUUCCAAUGGUGCCUUGCUUGGUGCUCUCCUGGUGGUGACAUAACAUUGGUUCUACAGAAUCGUGUGGUGUUUUUUUCCGUUUUUGUUUUUUUAAAUAACCGCAUGUUCUAAGUGUGCAUUUUUGUCAGACUUUGCAACAGUUAUUUCAUACAGAUGUUUAAUACUUAAGUUAUUGUGCUCUUUUAUGUUAUGUAUUCUGAUUUUCAAGGAUUACUUUUUUGUAUUAUCAAAAAAAUACAUUUGAAUUUAGCAUAAAAAGUGGCCAGCCUUUUUUAUUUUACCACCAAGGUACACACAGUCCUUUAUUUAUUAAUUCCUUAAUAUAGAAAAAGACCUUUGUAAGGCUCUACUUAUCUGUUCUAGCAAGCACCCUCUUUGUAUUAUUUUUCUUGCUUUUAAAAUUUAUUGUCAUUAUUUUAAAAUAGUAAAUUUUCUUUCAUAGCUUUUUUAACCCUAACAUAUUUUCUCAUACAAUUCCUAAUGCUCUGUUUACAGCAGAAAUAUCUGUAACAUUAUGAAGACGUAUCAAAAAGUUUUGAAGGUAUUUCUGUCUUCAAAAGUAGUAAGGCAGGAUUAAAUUAUUUUCAUUAGAAUAGACAAAUCCCUGAAUGGUAUGCAUGCAUCUAAUGGUUACUAGAGCUCAGGAUCACAAAAUAUAGUAGCAUUACAAUCUGUAUAUUUUUGAUCAAGAUGAUAUUAAUAAUGGCCUUAUUUGGGUUAUUUUUUAUUGUUUAUCAAAUCUUGUAUACAAAAGUAUAGAAAUACUCCUUUAAAAAAUUUCUAAGGAAAAUAUUUGUCCCAGUCUAACACAAUUGUAGAAUGGAUAUGUGUUUCUGAAAAGUUUCUGAAAGAAAGCAAAAGUUGUAGAAUUAAAGUAAGCUGGUGUUUAAUACCCCAUUAAUAUUUAAAACAGAUUAUUACUGAGAAAUGAAGGGCAUAUUUAGUACUGUUUUAGUCCACUAGUUUGCUUUCAGUCCAGUUAUGUAUACUUUUUUGAUUGAGAGUGUGACAAGUUUUGAGUCAGAUCAGUUUGUUUCUUUCAAAUAUGUACAGACAUACAUUUUCUUCUCCUUUUGGUUGUACAUAUCUCCAUGCAUUUUCAAACUUUCUAAAUUUCUGAAUGGCCUAUGUAUAAAUUUUUGUUUUUAUAAACCUGAAAUUAUA